CUCAACCACCAGAAUGCCUCGACGUCGCAUAGAUACACAUUCACAUUACUUGCCGGACUUCUACAGAGAAGCGCUUGCAGCCAAUGGCCAUAAAAAUCCCGAUGGCAUGCCACGUAUCCCUGACUGGUCGGAAGAGGAUCAUAUCAAGUUGAUGGAGGAGUUAAACAUUGAGAAAUCGUUUAUCAGCAUCAGCUCGCCCGGCACCUACCUUUCGCCGGCAUUUGGAAAGCAAUCAGUUGAGCUGGCAAGGCGUUGCAACGAGUUCGCGGCGGACUUGAAACGGAGACGACCUGAUAAGUUCGGCUGGUUCGUAACCACUCCGUUGCCCCUCGUCGAGGAAUCGCUUGAAGAGAUCAAGCGUGCUUAUUCGGACGGGGCAGAUGGCGUUUGCCUCAUGACCAAUCACGAAGGUAUCUAUCUUGGAGAUUCGCGCUUCGAUCCUAUCUUCGCCGAGCUGGACAAACGUAAGUCCAAGUUGUUUAUACACCCGACCAUGCCGUGUUUCUGUCCAGCAGGUAGCCACGGUGCUGGCACAGAUGCCGUUGUCAGAGCCAAUCCACUGAAGGAGCGCUUUGCCGCCCCCGCGAUGGAAUUCCUGUUCGACACGACUCGCUGCAUCGCGAAUCUAUUCAUCAGCGGCACGAUAUCAAGGUACCCAAACAUCGUGUAUCUAAUCCCGCACAUGGGCGGAACGAUGGCGCCGCUUCUAUCUCGCUUCUUGGGCCAUUCGAGGUUCCUCAACAAGCCUGAUCACGAAAAGUGGGAGGAGAAAGAUGCCAUUGCGGUCUUGAACAGCCGCUUCUACUUCGACAUGGCCGGAUGGAGUUUUCCGAUCAUGGAUAAAUGCCUUCUAGACGGCGUUGGCGUUCGCAAAGAUAGGUUGCUGUUUGGAACCGACUACGCAUUUGUACCCGCUGCGGCUGCUCCAACGUUCGCCGCGUUAGUGGAUGGAGGCACUGAGGCUUGGGACGAGAAGGACAUCGAGAACGCCUACUACAAUAAUGCUAAAAAGCUGUUCAAGCUCUAGAUUGAAUAUAUAAUUGGCUGUAAGGCUGAGCAUUAUGAUCGAGAAUUGGUUUAGCCUUCUAUGACAUUCAUCUCGAACUUGAAUCAUUGGCGGGAUUCAUCUCGUACCCGUUAGUUUGUCUCUAGUUCAUCUCAUAACGCAACCUUGCAAGCACAUGUUCAUGCGUGUCAAUAUCGCCUUGUGAUGCAGACUAUUGUCAUCAAA